CCGCUCUAUAAAUACGUCCUGCUUCCAUUAUUCUUCCACACAGACACAACACGCCGGAAACCAAGUAGACAGAAGCCACUUCCUCCUCCUCCCUGCGAUCACCCAUCAUGGAUGGAGAGACUGUAGAGACCCUUUCCAUCAAGGUUGGACCAUGGGGUGGGAGCAGAGGGGUUCCAUUUGACAUCAUAGAGGAACCCAAGCGUCUCGUGAGCGUGACGGCUCGGGUCGGCACAUUCGUCAGUUCAUUUGGUUUCAGCUAUGUUGAUCCGGCAGGCCGGAAGCACACUGUUGGUCCAGUUGGCGGUAACGGUGGGAAGCUUGUUACGAUCCAGUUUGAACCAACGGAGUAUGUGAAGGAAUUCUCUGGAUCCGUUGGUCUCACAAAAGGAACAUGGAUUGUGACAUAGCUCAGGAUUGAAACGAACCUGAAAUCAUACGAGCUGUAUGACGAAGGGACGGACCUCUUUCAGUCCCUGCCAGGUUUCCUCGGCAUCCUCAUGCCAGAGAAGCAAAUUCCCUUCAGCGUCCCUGUGCCAGAGAACACUAGCAUUGUGGGAUUCUUCGGCCGUGCAGGGGGCGAUAAUCUUGAUGCCAUUGGCGUCUACGUGAAAAUGAAAUCAGCUAACACAAACACAGAACAAGAAACAGGAAUCAACCUGGAUGAUUAUUCCCCAGAUGAACCAAUCUUCAUGGUUGCCGAGGCUGUUCCCAUCAAGAUUGGAGCAUGGGGUGGGGAUGGAGGGACAGAGUUCGAUGUCACGGAGCCACCCAAGCGCCUUGAAAGCAUGACUGUUCGUGCUGGCGAUUCUGUUGAUUCGAUCGGAUUUUCCUACGUUGAUGAAGAAGGCCAGAAGCACAGUGUAGGUCCGUUUGGCGGUACUGGUGGGCAACCUACAACGAUCGAGUUUGCAGCAGAGGAGUAUGUGAGGAAAUUUUCUGGAACAAUUUUUCGGUCUUUUGUGGCAUCGCUAGAGAUUGAGACAAACAUCAAAACGUAUGGGCCAUACGGGAAAGCGCACAACGACUACCCAUUCAGCAUCCCGUUACCAGAGAAUGUCAGCAUCGUGGGAUUCUUCGGGCGUGCUGGGAAGUUUCUUGAUGCCAUUGGUGUUUACAUAGGCUACUCCAGAUCCCCCUUCACUGACGCAACUGGAGAGACGUCUAGUGACAAAGAUGAAGAAGCCACGCAGAAGAAAGCCACUGCUUCCACAGAACCAGAAACCAUCACUGCUGGACAACAGACCUUUCCUAUCAAGAUUGGGGUGUGGGGUUUGGGUGAAGGGAUAGAGUUUGAUGUUACAGAGCCACCUAAGCGCCUCGAUAGUGUGAUGAUUCAAGCUGGCGACAUCAUUGAUUCAUUUGGAUUUUCCUAUACUGAUCAAGCUGGUAAGAAGCACACUGUAGGUCCAUCCGGUGGCAGAGGUGGGAGUCUUACCACGAUCCAGCUUGAACCAACAGAGUAUGUGAAGCAUUUCUCUGGAACAACUGGUACUUAUGUUGGAUCACCGGUUGUGGCGUCGCUGAAGAUCGAAACCAACUUAGGGGUGUAUGGACCGUAUGGGAAGGAGCAGAGCGUGCCUUUCAGCAUUCCCCUCCCUAAGAAUGCUAGCGUUGUGGGCUUCUUUGGACUCUCUGACAACCUUCUUGGAGCAAUCGGCGUUUACGUGGGUGGUUCCAUCCCAAACUAGUCUGGAAAAGGCGCCUAAAAUAAAAUCAGGAUUUUCAUCCUCUGCGAGUUCAGAUUCCCACUGUUUCAGUCGUAAUAAGAUGAUCAAGCAUCAUCAGCAUGUGGUCAGUGUUUGUGAGUGCUUUUGUGUAUUCAGAGUGUCUUUCCUUUUUGUCACCUAUGGUGUGGAAUAAGAUUUCUAUGGGAUUGUGGUGUUGGCCAAACAUGUUCA